CGGCACAGUCCUCCACCGCAUGCUUCAGUUCAGUCCCUUCUGAGUCGCCGGUGCGGUAGUUGCUUUCUUGAGACGCGGAUUGAGAUGUGACUUCAAACGGUGGAAUACGACGUCGUUCCAACCUAGCUUCGAGUUUUUUUUUCCCCCACCAAUUUUCUUACGAGGAUACUUGAAGUGGAGAAGCGGGAGAUGGCUGUCGCCUCGCCCGCCACCUGGGCUGCGGUGGCACUGUGCUUGAUCUCUACAGCGUAUGCGGUGGAAGAGACAGUGAUGGAUACAAGGACAGCAACAGCUGAGCUUGGCUGGAUAUCGUUUCCUGCCAACGGGUGGGAGGAGGUGAGCGGCUACGACGAGAACCUCAACACCAUCCGCACGUACCAGGUGUGCAACGUGUUCGAGCCCAGCCAGAACAACUGGCUGCUCACCACCUACGUGGACCGGCGGGCGGCCCAGCGCGUCUACGUGGAGAUCCGCUUCACCGUGCGCGACUGCGCCUCCAUCCCCAGCGUGCUGGGCUCCUGCAAGGAGACCUUCAAUCUGUACUACCUGGAGUCCGACCACUCGCUGUCGGAGGGCCGCGGCGUCGAGUACUGGACCACCGCACCCUUCCUGAAGGUGGACACCAUCGCCGCCGACGAGAGCUUCUCCCAGGUGGACUUCGGGGGCCGGCUGAUGAAGGUGAACACCGAGGUGCGGAGCUUCGGCCCACUGUCCCGGGGCCGGGGGUUCCACCUGGCCUUCCAGGACCUGGGGGCCUGCAUGUCCCUCCUGGCCGUCCGCGUCUUCUACAAGAAGUGUCCCAGCGUGGUGCAGAACUUUGCGUUCUUCCCUGAGACGCUGACGGGGGCGGAGUCGACCUCGCUGGUCAUCGCGCGGGGCAGCUGCAUCGCCAGCGCGGAGGAGCUGGACGUGCCCAUCAAGCUGUACUGCAACGGGGACGGCGAGUGGAUGGUGCCCAUCGGGAGCUGCAGCUGCAAGGCCGGCUACGAGCCCGACAAGGCCAACGUCUGCCAAGCGUGUCCUCAGGGCACCUUCAAGUCCUUCCAGGGGGCCGGGCUGUGCCAGCAGUGCCCGCCCAACAGCCUCUCCACUGCCGAGGCCGCCACACUCUGCGGCUGUCGCAACGGCUAUUACCGUGGCGACGUGGACAAGCCGGAGGACACCUGCACCAGCGUCCCCUCCGCCCCCCGUAACCUCGUCUCGGUCGUCAACGAGACCUCGGUGGUCCUGGAGUGGAGCCCGCCGCGCGACACGGGUCACCGCGGCGACCUGGUCUACAACGUGCUGUGCCGCCGCUGCCACAGCAGCGAGCGGCGGACGUGCCAGUCCUGUGAGGACAGCGUGGCGUUCUCCCCGGGCCGGCGGGGGCUGAGGGGGGACCACGUGGAGAUCAGCAAGCUGAGGGCCCACACGGCGUACACCUUCGACGUGCAGGCAAUCAACGGGGUCUCCAACAAGAGCCCUUAUCCCGCCCAGCAACUGUCCAUAAACAUCACCACCAACCAGGCUGCUCCCUCGCUGGUACCCAUAAUGCACCAGGUGAGCUCAACGAGCCGCAGUUUCUCCCUGUCAUGGCCGCCCCCCGAGCAGCCGAACGGCAUCAUCCUCGACUACGAGAUACGCUUCUACGACAAGCUGUCGGCGGGGGUGAACAGCUCGGUGGUCCAGAGCGGGGGUCCGGGCGCGGUGCUGGAGGGUCUCCGGCCCGGGACCGGCUACCUGGUGCAGGUGAGGGCCCGCACGGUGGCCGGCUACGGAGCCUUCAGCAAGGAGAUGCUGUUCCACACGCUGACCGACGAUGAGUAUAAGUCAGAGCUGGGCCAGCAGCUGUCCCUGAUAGCGGGCUCUCUCGUCUGCGGAGUUGUCAUCGUCUCGCUGGUGGCAAUAGCGAUCAUAUGUACCAGGAGAAGACAGCUGAAGGAGAGUGUGUACGGAGACAAACUCCAGCAAUACACCACAGGUGGAGAGGCCAACCUGAGGCCGGACCAGUUCAGCGGAGAGGCCCCCACCGUCACCUUCCCCACGAUGUCCGACGGGCACAGCUCCCCAGGGGUCAAGAUAUACAUCGACCCCUUCACGUACGAGGACCCCAACGAGGCCGUCCAUGAGUUCGCCAAGGAAAUAGACCCCAACUGCGUCAAGAUAGAGGAGGUUCUCGGAGCAGGUGAGUUCGGUGAGGUGUACAAAGGCCGUCUGAAGCUAGUAGGGAAGAAAGAAUUUCCUGUCGCCAUCAAAACACUGAAGGCGGGCUACUCCGAGCGGCAGCGGCGGGACUUCCUGUCCGAGGCGUCAAUCAUGGGCCAGUUCGACCAGCCCAACAUCAUCCGCCUAGAGGGGGUGGUCACCAAGAGCCGGCCCACCAUGAUCAUCACAGAGUUCAUGGAGAACGGCGCACUCGACUCUUUCCUGAGGCGAAACGACGGAACGUUCCCGGUCAUCCAGCUUGUGGGAAUGCUGAGGGGCAUCGCAUCCGGCAUGAGGUACCUGGCGGAGAUGAGCUACGUGCACCGUGACCUGGCCGCCCGGAACAUCCUGGUGAACAGCAACCUGGUGUGUAAGGUCUCAGACUUCGGCCUGUCCCGCUACCUGGAGGAGGACACCUCCGACCCCACCUACACCAGCUCCCUGGGGGGUAAGAUCCCGGUGCGCUGGACGGCCCCCGAGGCCAUCGCCUACAGGAAGUUCACGUCGGCCUCAGACGUGUGGAGCUACGGCAUCGUCACCUGGGAGGUGAUGUCCUACGGAGAGAGGCCGUACUGGGACAUGAGCAACCAAGACGUCAUCAACGCCAUCGAGCAGGACUUCCGGCUGCCCGCGCCCAUGGACUGCCCCCUGGUGCUCCAUCAGCUCAUGCUGGACUGCUGGCAGAAGGACCGCAACGCCAGGCCCAAGUUCCCCGACCUGGUCAGCAUGCUGGACAAGAUGAUCCGUAACCCCGCCUCCCUCAAGACGGGCGGCAGCACCGUCCCCGCCGGGCCCUCCCCCCAUGCCCUGCUCGACCGAGGAGCUCCAGACCUGAGCAGCGUCAGCUCUGUGGAGGACUGGCUGAGCGCGCUGAAGAUGACCCAGUACAGGGACUCCUUCGUCGGGUCGGGCAUCAACUCCCUGUCCCUGAUCACGCAGCUCACCACGGAAGACCUGCAGAGGCUGGGGGUGUCCCUGGCCGGGCACCAGAAGAAGAUCCUGACCAGCGUCCAGUCCAUGAGGGACCACAUCGAUGACCAGUCCCCGACAGAGUCACUGUAACGCACUAACCCAACGGGAUCAAUGCGGUUCCCUUUGGAACAUUACAGUACAAUGCAGAAAGCAAUCAACUCCGGACGACUUAACGGACACUUUGAGCACUCGUGGACGCCCUCACCCGAACCCAAAGUCUGUCCAAAUCCAUUCUGACAGACGUACCCCUCACAACUCUGGCGUUUAUGCACAGACUGCUGGCUGAAUUCAGAGUAUCUCAAUUGAAAGUGGAAAUAAGGAUUUUCAAACGGCAGCUGCAGUCCAUAACCUUGAAGCCACUAUUCUCCCCCCCCCAUCACAAACACACAAGGGGUUUUCUGCUCAUACUCGAAUGGUCCAAAUAUUACUGUGAAGAAGUAUACUAUAUGAUAGUAACUGUAUAUGAACAAACUGUCCGGCAAUACACAGGGAAGCUUCCUCAAUCUGUGAGGCAGUACCAAAAGAAAAAAGACAAUGACCCUGGACUUUUAAAUAUUUGAACACGACUGUAAACAUGUUCUGGUCACUGCAAAAGAAAAUCCACAUCAAGACUCGGACAUAGUUCAGGCAGAAAUGCCAAUCUCUAUUCUACAGGGACACAAGACCUAUCGUACGGUCGGCUCUCAAAGCUUCCACGCACCAAUAAGACCAUUCUAGUCUUCAUAUUGAAGAGUCUGUAGAUAUUAUUAUAUGGGAAGUUCCCAUGAUGCUUAAUUGUUUUGCUUCCAUUUUGAAAAACAGCUGAGGAUAAAUCAUUGUGGCUGAAAUAUUUGUCGGUUCUGUGUCCCAUGCUGCUGGCUCCCGCGGACUAACUCUUCCCACCAGUGACCGUGCUCUGGAACAAAACACACCUUGUUUCAUGAUUCUGUGAUUUGUGCUUUUUCAUUGACACCAAGGACAAUUCUUCUUCGUCUCGCCUGGGAAAUGAUUCAGGAGAAACUGUGUGCAACACGUUUUACCUUCACAUUAACAACAUCAAGCACACAACAAACACUUGUCUGAGACAGUGCCCUCUUGUCUGUGGAGAGAUGUUCGUACCCGUCAGACAAAACCGAAGGCUGGAACCAAAACAAUACUUUGAUGUGUGUCACGGGCGACUCUACGCUACCUAACUGUCAAUCUCUGUUCCUCGACCUAUCAAUUGACAUGCCUAUCAACCUACCUAACAAUCUGAAUCUACGCAUCAAUCUACCUAUAUUUCCAUCUAUCUUCUUGGCACUGGCUUUGAUCAUUCCCUGAAGCCAUGAGAUGGUGAAAUGAUCAAGAAUUAAGGUUUGUCUCGUCAAGGGGAUAGAAUGAGAGCGGCCUGUUCGCCCUUUUGCGAUGCACCUUCCUCCACAUGUCUUCCUGACGACAAAAUACUUCAUAAAUGACUUUAUUUUUGCUGAGACGUUUUGAUUAGUGUCCAGAAAUGUGAAAGAAACCAAGCAACGUUGAUAGAAACGAUAGUGUUGAGAAAAAUAAUAACAUGGGUGGAAAAUAAGCUGUAUUUACCAUCUCAUAUUCUAUUUGCUCUUUGGCACAGAUUGCCCUCUCAGUGGAUCCAUCUUCAUGGGAGUGAGACUAGGUUAUUAAUCACUGAGAUAUCUCAUCGUAGAUAUUGGGCUCCAUUCACACUCAUCCAGUACAGAUAAUUCAUCUUGGUUCCAGCCUCAGCCAGGGGGAUCUAUGCGUGUGUGGCUUUGGUUGUGACCGGGAUUACAUUGUUCACAUGGCAGAAAUAACAGCAUUUAACAUUUUGCAUUUAAAUACUUAACUAUUGCAUGACUCCUGUUGGAUUUAAGGUUGUGUUUCGUGUUUGUCAGUUACAAUACGCCCCUGGAAAACAAGGAGAACGCCAAAGUAAAAGACAGUGUGUGACUCGUGUGAGUCGAUAAAUGACAUUGAGAGCUUUGGUUUCACAUCCCCAGCAAUCCGAUUGUCACUUUUGGCCACAAACUCUGCUCAGCCAAUAUUGCUUGAAUUGAAUUUGUUGCCAGGCAACACUAGCUUAUUGAACACAUUAAAGUGCGCAUCGAGAACCACGGGGACCGUGUCAGCGCAUCAGCGGAAUAACUCUGUAAACAGAGGGCUCGGGAGAAGGAGCUCCAGCUCGGAGGUUUAAUAACCGACGUGACAACUCGUGCCGCCCGGAAAACUCAUAUCGUCUCAGAAACAUUUGAUACCUGAUGGGACUUUUUAAUGUCACAUGCCUUGUGAUUGGCUUGGAUUGGAUCCUUAGUGUGUUUGAGAGGGGGCUAUGCUUAAGAAAGCAGUGGGGGAUAGUAUUGAUUUAUGUUUCUGAAAAGAUUGUAAACUUGAUAAAUGAUGCCCUUGACAUGAAGGAUGAAAUCAUGAACAUCAUUCCUGUAUUCAUUUUUGUGGCUUGUCUUGUUUAUACUAGGGACAGAGAAACACAAGUGCGUGUGUGUGUGUGUGUGUGUGUGUGUUUGUGUGUGUGUCUUUGCAUGUGCGUGUAUGUGCACGCACACAGGAUAAAUGGGAUAAAACGGGGUAUAUAAUUAAUAAAUGCAUACAUCCCUUUAGGAUUUGCCAAAAUUAAGUGUUUAAGGAUUUUUUCGUAUUUCUGAUUGAAUGAUGGUUUUUGAUUCUUCUGAUGAGGUUUAUGUAAGAUUGCUCAGGGACUAGAAGAUUUACCCUAUUGGGAAAUCCUGUGUUGCUUUUAACGGUUAAAGUGUUCAAUUGUGGUCAGCAUAUUAAGUUCAUCUAUGUAUUAUUUCUUUCUUUCUAUCAAACAAAUGGAUUAGAAAUGGCUAAAAAAAUUUGCACAUUACCAAUAUGACAAAUUAUUCGUGACAUCAUUGAGCAUUGCGCAUGUGAAAGACCAGACAUGUAUAGCCUUUAUCCUUUCCCUCAGCCUUCCUGUACCAUUUGUCUAACUAGUGACUAUUGCCAGAAAACACUGUUGAUUCUCUCUGGAAAAUGACUUAAACAAUGUAUUCAGGCAAGGCAAAGAUAUCGGAAUGUGGCUUCCCAAGCUCACACUGGGAAGCUGACUGCACAACUUCCAUGGACAUGAUCAGUGGUCCGCUUUCUUUACAUAUUUAGCUUGGAUUUCUCUAUAAAUGGCUUUGUGGUUAACGGAAAAACGCCUCCCCUCAUUAAAUAAGCAGCCAGUGUAAUAUAGCUGGAUCACUGGGCGGUGGAGGCCACGACGGAGGUGGGAAGAGGGAGAGAGGGAAGAAAUAUGAAUAAGUGAGAAGAAGGGAGACAGAAGAGGGAGAAGGGGCGAUAUAGACGCCUGCGCUUGAAUAAAAAUGAGGCUGAAGAGACACUUUCUCUCUCCCCCAGCCCCCUCCCCGUCAGCUCUCCUCCUUGCUCUCCCUCCUUGUGUAUGCAGAUAUCCGUUGCCUUUGCACUCCUCUUCAAUCCUCUCAUGUCUAUCUCUCAGAGCCACCACUCUGAGUUCUGCUUUAAUCUACAUUUCAACCUUCUACUUUCACUCACUGUUGAAGCUCGCGGCCGGGGAAGACAAGAGCAUCAAACGCCGUCAAGUCUGGGCUGUUUGUGUUUCUUUUGUUGUCACCGCGCGCAAAGAUACACGCCAGUUUCUAGUUUUAACACACACACAAAAACACAGUGUUCUCUCCGAGUUUUGACAGUUUGGUCUAGAAAACACUAAACGCCUCGAAGCAGUGUUAGUUUUCCGAAUGCUCUCACACCAAAGUGUUCCAUUCCAGUCUUCCCUUAUUUUUGGAAGAAUAUCAUUAAUUUUGUCUUAUUUAUUUAUGUGUUAUUUAUUCAUUUGUUUGUGUAUUUUUUUAUUUAUUAAUUGAUUGUAUCGCCUGACACAAGUAAGAAUGAGCACCAGUUAGCUAGUAAUACAUUUUAACAAUAAAAAAACAACCUGUACAAACGCUAGAAAAUGAAGGCAUGGAUUGUGUCUAACUAACACAUCCACCUUUUGGCGACCGGCUCGUAGUCCAAUCACAGCAGAUCCUAGCGCUACCAUUGGUUUUGUUUUGGACUGCGAGGUUCCUUCCGCACACUUUUUAAUGAACCGAACAGAAAAUAGUGAAAAAGACAACAAAACAGACUUGCCUGCCGUACUGUUCAGUGUGUGCGUGUGUUGUGUUUUCUGUUGAAAAAAGGAUAUUGUGUGUCGGCUUUAGUCUCUGCCUUUUUUCCAGCCUCCCUCCAUGACCGUCGGUUGGAGUUGUUCGACCACAUGGACCGCAGAGCAUCUCUCUGUCGGGCCAACAAUGUGACUGUAAUAUAAUUGUCUGUGUGCGUGUGCACACCCGUGUAUGUAGGCCUACUGUAUGUAUGCGGUAAUACAAAGUAUGUGAUGGUCAAUGUACAGUCAGCUGUUGGUAUAAUGUAAGUGUGCGAGAGUUUGUAACCAUUACCUUUCUGAACCUUACUAUUACAAUGCACUGUUUGUCAAUAAAGACAACCAAUCAAUCACAAGAGAUUGGUUUUGAUGAUCA